AUGUCUUCCUCCCAGCCGCGUCUGUAUUUUGCGUAUGGCAGUAAUCUAUGGCUGCAGCAGAUGUCUAAGCGCUGUCCGAGCUCGCCCUACGUCGGCGUUGCGCGUCUGCCGGCGUACCGCUGGAUCAUAAACGACCGGGGUUACGCCAACGUGGUGUCAUCCGCAGAGGCCGGCGAGGUCUGGGGGAUGGCGUACGAACUCAGGGAUCGGGAUGAGGAAACGCUCGAUGUCAACGAGGGCGUGCCCGAGUGCUACGAGAAACUCGUACUUUCGGUCGAACUGUGGCCCGCGUCAUCCGCGUCCGAACGCGUCGAUAUUCGGAGCGUCAAACCCGAGUGGCGAGAGAUGCUCGUUUAUGUCGACCAGGGACGCGUAGAGCCUGCGGAGCCCCGCGCGGAGUAUGUUCAUCGCAUGAACUUUGGACUUGCGGACGCGCUCGCUGUCGGUGUGCCGGCGUCGUAUAUCGACAACGUCGUGCGGAAGUUCAUUCCGCUGGAGGGCGACCCGGAAGAGCUGGAGCGGGCUCGCAAGCAGGCGGCGCACUUCGAGGACGGCUUGGAAGUCUGA